AUCUUGUUUCUCCCCUCAAAGGGUCCUGCCAGGCUCAGAAGAGGGGGCGGUCCCCCUUGUUUCUCCCCCAGUCCUUGGCAGGCCCCCUCCUCUCCCGAGUGGUACCUCCCUCAGGGGUUGGGACCCAGGAGCACCUCUCUGGCUUGCACAGGAGACACCUGGAGAGGAGCAGCGGAUGGCUGCCGUGGCCGCUCCCACCGGGGCCAAAAAUGCCCCCGCCAAGGUGGGCCUACCUCGCCGGCGUAGCGUCAGCCAGAUCUGCCCACCGCCCCGGCGCCCUCUGACCCUGGCAGAGCUGCACCCUGGCUGUGAGAACGAACGACUCGGGGUGGCCAGGGAAAGCAUGCUGCAGAACCACCUCAUCGCCAAGCCAGAACUGGGAAGACCCCGCAGAAGUAACUACACCCUUCCGGGUUAUGAUUUUAACUAUGGAUUGUAUUUACACGGAAUGGAUGGAGGGGUCCCUGAAGCCAUUUGCCACUGGCACGUCAUGAAGCCCAGAAUUAUUUUGGAGAAGGAGAAACCCCGCGAUUACUUGGCCACCAACCUUCACGCGGUCAAGGACGGCUACGUCACAGUCCACGAGCAGAACUUGUACCGCAAGAUGAAGGACUUCCAUGUCAACGUGGAGGACGAACGCCGCUUCAAGAGGACUCCUCCCAAAGUCCCUCCAGACAUGACCUAUGGAAGGCCAGCAAGACCCUCAACGCCUUUCUUUGAUCUGCUGCAGCACAAAUAUAGAGAGAUUUGGAUGGAUGAGCAGAGGGCGGUCAUCAAAGCUGAAAAAGCUGAGAAGAAACAAAAGAAGCGUCGGGGGAAAUUCUACGAGACCCGGACGUGUUUGCUGAGGAAGUACCAGCCGCCAAUGAAAAAGGAGGAACUUUGGCGUAUCCCCUAUUUCCAAAAGGUUGAUCCUCACCUCUCCACCUUCCCGGACGAUGUUUCAUACAAGAAAGCGCUUGAGGUCUUCCAUUCAGAAGUUCCUGUGAGGAUCGGACCCCUAGCUCAAGGCCUUUAUACUGCAGCCUGUUAAGACAUAUCCAGAGAGAAGAAAGAGAGAGGAGAAGAAAGGCUGAAUCACCAAAAUAAAUAAAAUAAACCUAGAAGACUUAAUUGCACGUUUCUAUUUUGGGACUGGAGAACGGUAUGGUCCGAUGAAUAAACUUAUUUUUAACCCAA